AUGCGAGUGACUGCUCGCAAGACUUGGGAGUCAGUGAGAGAUCACUUCCAAGAGGAUGCUGUCCGUCCUGCAGCGACCAAAAUCAUGAUAUCCUGUGUCCGCGAUAUUGGAGGGGCCACAUUCGAUUGGCCACCACUGCUGAUCGAAAAGACACACUCCGUCACAUGUUACGAAAUGCUCAGUUCCAUCUGGGAAUAUUUCCAACAGCGCUUCUCUGAUGUCGAGAUCGAGCACAUGGAGCGGCAGUAUCCUGGAAUCAAGAGGAUGAUGUCGGAUAGCUGCCAUCGGAGAUGCAUGCGUACCCCAGGGCUUGCCGAAUUUGAGCGACGGCAGGGAUUAAAGCGAAUUGACUAUCUCGACAUACGAACCAUGUUCAAGGGAUUGUCGGUGUCCGUAGGCUUGGAUGGUACUUGGGUACUUCAUUUGCAUCUUUACGGCCGACACAAUUGA